AUGGCUGUUUACUCCUCAGUGGAAGGAAUAAAAAUGGUUGAACUGAUAGGUUGUAUAUUAAACACAGAAGAUGAUUUUUCUCAGAAAGCACAACAACGGCGGAUGGCUACUUGUGGAGGUGUAAAAACUCCAGGUGCCGCGCCACAAAAACAAUUAGGCAUGGAAGUAAGGAUUUUCUGGUCUAUGAAUGACGUUAGCCAGGCUAUGGUUGCGGGGCUUUUAGAUUUGAACGUCGGGAACACAUUGCCUGACUGGUUCAAUUUACAUCGGGAUUUAUGUAUGGACUGGGCUCGUGAUAACCCUGCACAAAUAGGUAAAACAGUUUGGACGGGUCAAUGGGCUGCUUAUAACAGGAUAACAACCGUAACCGGUCUUAACCACCAAACCGUAAAUCACUUUAUUACAUUUCGGGCCGUAAACGGAGUGCACACAAAUGAAGUGGAGAAUUUGUGGCGAUGCGCCAAACAAAAAUUUAAAAAAAUGAAUGGUACGUGCGAUGCUCACAUACAAUCAUACCUUGAUGAAUUUAUGUGGCUGUGCACCAUCGGAGAUAAAAAAAAAGAGCGAUUCUAA